ACUAGUUCACAUGGGGGGGGGGGACAAGAGAACGGCUCAAGAACACAGUUUUCCAGAGGUUUGCUCUAUACAAAAGCCAAUUACUGACCGAUAACAUUAAUUCCGAACUGCAAAUCCGAACCCUAUACUUCCGACAAAUAUCCAGGCGACAAUAUCGACCUGGAAACACAGAGGCACCCCUCCGAGUUUGUGAAACAAGGAAUAGCCUGCAGAGGGCGGGUUUUGGUUAGCGGUGCAGGUAGACGCGGUUUCUCCUCUCCUCGCUUUGUUUUCUGAAGUUGACUUGGACUUUCUUCUUCUCUAGCAGCAGGUAGUCGUCUUUAUUUUCUUCAAAACGUUGCGGGCGGGCAUAGCAAACGAACGAGAGGCAACGGCUUCCUCUUUAUCAACAAGAGAUUUCCCCGCCCCUCUCCCUUUCUUUCUGAAGGAAUCCAGCAAGCUUUGUUAUUAUUUCUCCCACCGACAUGAGCUCCGAAAGGGUGUCUCUUCACCACCACCACUUCAGGGCGGAAUUCUUCAAAAUACCACUUGCUGGAAAAUGGAGGAGGGAAGAGCGAAGUGCUGCUUCUUUCAUUAUGGAGAACUUUAUUUUGUAUGAAGAGAUUGGAAGAGGAAGCAAGACCGUUGUGUAUAAAGGCAGAAGAAAAGGAACUAUUAAUUUUGUGGCUAUUUUGUGCACUGAUAAAUGCAAGAGAGCUGAAAUAACAAACUGGGUGCGCCUCACCCAUGAAAUUAGGCACAAGAACAUAGUAACAUUUCAUGAAUGGUAUGAAACAAGUAAUCACCUUUGGCUUGUGGUGGAAUUAUGCACGGGUGGGUCACUAGAAAUGGUAAUUGCUCAAGAUGAAUGUCUGCCUGAGGAUGUUGUGAGAGAAUUUGGUGUUGAUUUGGUUACUGGGCUCCGUCAUAUUCAUGACGUUGGAAUUCUAUUCUGUGACCUUACACCUGGAAAGAUUCUCCUUGAAGGGCCUGGUACACUGAAGUUCAGUAACUUCUGCUUGGCUAAAGCAGAGGGUGAAAACUUGGAGGAAUUUUUUGCUUUAAUUGGGACAGAAGAGGGGGGAAGUGAUAGUGGUGAGAACACAGGACAAAAUCUGAAGAACAAAAUCAAAGGUUCACUGACAUACUUUGCUCCAGAAGUGAUAGAAGGAAUUGACUUCUCUAUAGCCAGUGAUCUAUGGUCAUUGGGCUGUUUGCUAUAUGAAAUGUUUUCAGGAACACCUCCAUUCUUCUCAGAAAGUGUUACUGAAUUAGCAGAACAGAUUUUACAUAAAGAUCCUUUCCCACCUACACAGCAAGGCUCAGCCCAUCUGAAACCAUCUUCAGACUUCCUUAAUUUGCUUGAUUCUUUGCUUCAAAAGGAUCCUCAAAAGAGAUUUACUUGGGCCGAGCUGUUGCAGCAUCCUUUCUGGAAAGAUGCUUUUAUUCAAAUUCCCAGUGAAUCUAUCUCCAGCCAAGAAAGCUCCAGCAGUGGAAAUGCUGAGCUGUUUGAACCUGGAAAGUCUGAGGUUCAGUUAGAGAGAAAAAACCUCCCAGGUAUUAUGUCCACAAGAACAGAAAACAAUCAACUUAACAGAUCUUUCAAGUUAGAAAAUCCAGAAGAGCUGCGCCCUAAAAAUGCUAGUGAUGGUGAAUCAAAUGAAUCUAUCUUUCUUCUCAGUUCUCGUCCCACCCCUAGAACUAGCACUGCAGUAGAAAGAAACAGUGCUGCUACUGUUCUGUCUACAAAUUCAGCUCACACAGCAUCUCCAUGUCCUUCAGCAAAGGAGAAAAACAUAUACUGCAGCCAGCAGGAUUUAGAGUUGAAAGUGAAAGAGCUUAUCUUUAUGGAGUCCGAACUAAUCGUUACUCCUGUUAUUGACAAUCCAAAGAUAGUGAAGCAAGCACCUAUGAGAUUUGAUAUGAAAAAUGUGCCUAUACCAGCACAUUCAGUUGAGAAACUGUUGAUACUAAAAGAAGCAGAAUGGAAUGACUUCUUACACCAAGUGUGUCAGCUAACUGACUCUCCGGAGAAGAGCACAGGGGCAGCCAGAGUUAAGCUGAAUUUACUUUGCUACCUCUGCACUAUUGUUAGCAAUAAAGAAAUAGCAACUAGGUUAAUCAGCACACAGCUGUUCCCUGUGCUACUACAACAGUUGAGGAUAGCUCCAAACUGGGACAUACGUGCUAAAGCAGCUCGAGUGAUUGGUUUACUGGCACUGCAUACAGCUGAGCUUAAAGAGAAUGUUCCAGUUACAGAGGCAGUCACUCUCUUAACAGAACUGAUCAGAGAAAACUUCAGGAACAGCAAACUAAAGCAGUGCCUUUUACCUACCCUUGGAGAGUUGCUUUAUCUUGUGGCCAACCAGGAAGGGAAAAAGGAGCACCCCAGAGAAUGCUGGGCCCUGCCUUCAGCUGCUUAUACUGUGCUAAUGAGGUGCCUUCGGGAAGGGGAAGAACGAGUUGUAAACCAUAUGGCAGCAAAGAUUGUUGAAAAUAUAUGCUCCACUUUCUCUUCUUACGCUCAGGGAUUUAUUACUGGAGAAAUUGGACCAGUAUUGUGGUAUCUUUUUACACAUUCAACCAUAGAUUCUUUGAGAGUAACUGCUGUUUCGGCAUUAUGCAAAAUUACUCGUCACUCACCGAGUGUUUUCCAGAGUGUGAUUGAAAAGGUGGGAUUAACAACAGUGAUACACUCACUGGCAGUUGGAAUAUGCAAAGUUCAACAGUACAUGUUGACUAUGUUCUCUGCUAUGUUGUCAUGUGGAAUCCAUUUGCAAAGGCUGAUUCAGGAAAAGGACCUUGUGGCAACAGUUAUUCGACUAUUUGAAAGCCCUUCUACUUCUGUUCGAGCAAAAGCUUUUUUAGUCUUGUUACAAGUUUUAAUUCAUAAUAAAGAGAUGCUGCUUCAGAGCUGCCAAACAAGAUUGGUGAUGUACAUUGAAAGAGACUGCAGAAAGGCCAUGCCAGGAAAAGAGCAGCAAAGCACCAAUGAAUAUCUGUCAAAAUGCCUGGAUCUUCUCAUCUUUCACAUUGUGUGUGAACUGCCACAAAUUCUAGGUGACAUUCUUUCCGCUUUAGCCAAUGUAUCGGGACGUAAACAUCCAUCAACAAUUCAAGCUAAACAGCUGAAAGGAUGCCUUCCAAUGAUGCCCGUGGUACUUCAUCUUGUGACCUCCCAGGUGUUUCGUUCCCAGAUUGUAACUGAGGAGUUUCUGUGCAGCUAUGGAACUUUACUAAAUUUUGUCAAAUUAAUAGAUUCAGGAGAAACUAACAUAGAUGGAGCAAUAGGUCAAACAGCUUCAGAAGAACUGAUUAAGACUGCUUUGUCAAUAUUUGAAGCAAUAAUACAACAUCCAGUGUUGUUAAUGCAUUACUGCUCAACAGUUAUGAAUUACAUCCUCUCGCCCUUAGUUUCUUUGGUCUCCAGUCAAAAUGUGGAAUGGAGACUCUUCAGCUUGCGGUUGCUCUCAGAAACCACAUCACUGCUUGUGAGUCAUGAGGUCAUGGCUGAAGAGAAAGAGAACAUUAACUCAAACAACAAAUUUCUCUCUCUCAUUAGAGACUCAUUGCUUCCUCAGUUCAAGCAAAUUCUAAUGGCAUCUGACCCAGUACCUGCUUAUGCUCUGAAGCUGUUAGUUGCCCUUACAGAGUAUAGCCCUAUUUGCACAAGCCUCGUUGAACAAAUUCAUCUUGUUCCAACUAUUUUUCAAGUAAUUCUGGACCACCAAGAUACACUUCUGGGAAAUACAAUGCAGAGUGCAGUGGCAGUCUUAAAUAAUCUGGUUUCCUGUAGAAAAACAAACAUGGCACUGCUUUAUGAACAAGGUCUGGUCCAUCACAUCUGUAAUCUCCUAAUAGAAACUGCAACUCUGUGCUUGAAUGCAGAUGAUAAAAGAAACACCAAGACAACAAAUGUGUUGCUCCUCUCCUUGCUGGAUACUUUGCAUCACAUGCUGAUAUACACUGCUAAUAUUGUCCGCCUGACACUACAGGCACAAAAAUCUGGCACAGGAGGGGACACUCAAACUGCUGAAGACCUUCUGCUUAUCAACAAACCCCUGACAGAUCUAAUUAGCUUGCUUAUUCAAUUGCUUCCAAGUGAGGAUACUGAAAUAUAUGAGAAUGCAUCACAGUGCUUGUCCUUGUUAGUUCAACUCUAUGGUGGGGCCAACAUGGAUAGUAUGUCUCCAGAAAAUAUGGACAGCUUUGUUGAAGUACUGCAAUGCAAAAAAGAAGUGAAAGAUCAGAAGCUCUUGCUGAGAAUCAUUAAAAGACUGAUAACUUCAAAUGAGAAGCACUCUGAAAGCCUGAAAAAUGAUGGAGAAGUUCUUGUUUGCACACUGGAAAGAUUGGCCCAAACUGCCAGCUUCCAUGCUGAUCUGGCAAUUGCUUCCUUGGCUUCUGAAAUCCUCAAGAAAAUUGAACACCAUCAAGGCUUGUUCACCUAAGAUAACACAACAGUUGUUUCUUGAGACAUUCACUUUUAAACUAUUGUUUGUAAAUUAAUAAUCUCAUUGUUGUCAUUUCUUUUCCAGAAAUUGCGAUAGGGAGGUAACUGGAAUCAGUUUCCACUGUCCUAAAUUAUGUCUAGGCCUGAGUAUUGUGUUCCAAGUUCCUACAGUUGAAAAAUCUAUUUAUAAAAUAUUAACUGGUAAAAUAGAACAAUGUUACCUUACCAUGGUGUCUACCCUCUUUCCUUUCUGCAGUGCACGUAAGAAAAUGUGGGGAUUGCUAAUAAGAUGACAGGCUGUUGUCGUUUGCUGUUCCACAUAUAUGGGAUUACUAACUGUUGGGGGAGGGGAGAAUGUACAACUGAACUAUUGUCUAGCCCCAUAACACGUUUUCACUGCUAAAACAUGAAGGGGCCAGAAUGAAUUUUUCCUUACCCACAAACAUCACAUCUAACUACAACACAAAUGUGAUUUAGUCAGUAUUUCUGACUAAUUGGAUUGGGGUUACAGUCCUUGGUGCCACUAGAUGCCUAGGAACAGCGGCUAGGAGUGCCUUUUACCUAGCUUCAACUGUUAAGAUAGCUACAGGCAUUUCUGAACCAGAGGCUGCAACUAGUGCAAAGUACAGCUGCUCAACUGCUUACUGGGGCAGACUAGCAUCAUUGUUCUGCUGCUGAAAGAAUUGCACAAGCUGCCAGGUUUACUAGGACUGGUAUACAAAGAACUAUAUAAAGCUUAACACCAGAUUAUCUAGAAGAUCAUCUUACCCACAUACAAAAAACUGAAUACUGAAGUCUGCAGCUGUUCUACAGAUGUGCUCUGCACUGACCCCUGGAAUCUCCCUCCUGUUACUUAUCAGUAGAGACAACCGUCUCCGUUGUCUUUUUGGCACACCUAUUGAAGACCUUUUGACCUAGUCUUAUCUUCCUUAGAUUUGAAAUGGUUUAUAUGAAAUUACUUUUAUCUAUGCUUUUAUUGUUAAGUUGCUUUGAGACGUUUAAUAAAUAUUCAAUAAUAGCCAGUACAUAAAAAACAUUAAAGACUCCAAAUAGCUACAAUAGAAGCAGCAUUGUGGCCAGGUGUAUUCCAAAUGGCAGAUACUUUAUUUUUGCAUGUCUUUUUGGAAUAUUGCUUUUUGGUUGUACUGCUAACCCCCUGUUACAUUUUACCUAGGGGAUUAGAAAUGUACAAAAAUUAAAGGCUGCAAUCCUAGAUAUACUUAGUAGGGAGUAAAACUCCUUUGACCGCAGUGGUACUUACCAAGUAAACAUGCACAGAACUGCACAUCUAAGGUUUUCAUGUAAUACCAUCUGACAAUGACAGCAAUACAUCAAGUUUAUGCCUCCUAUCCUAAUGUUGGGGCAUGAUGAACACUACUGCAGUUAGUAACUACAUUCUGUAUUUCACCAAGUUUAAUUUAUGCAGAGAAUAGCUGAAAUAAUUUGACACAGCCAAGUGCAUUAAAAGUUUACUUUAAUUCUGAACCAUUUGUAUAACUGUUUUCAUGAAGCAUCUGUAUCACAGCAGGCUACAAUAACUUUGGAUAAAAGGCAACUGGUAAACUGUCCAAUACAAGGUUCCAUACAACAGUUCUUACUGGCCCCUACCCAGACAUCUCCAGAUAAAGUUUUUGAUCAAAAACAUGAAAUAGAUCCACCUGCUUAUUUUAAGCAUAUUAAAAAGGAAACUAAUUGGACCAUUUCUAUUUGUCUAAUUUUUAUACAAAAAGGCUACACAAUGUUACACUUUUCAGAAUACGAUUAGAGUGAUUAUGAAUUAGUGUUCUACACCAUUACUCAAUUCUUAAAAAUCAGAAAUUGCUGUAGCAGGUUCACUAUAACUUAAAACACAGAGACUUAAAAACCCUACAGUUACUGCAAAAAAGAAAACUACUUUGAAAGCAAGCAAGGUCAGUACCAUUACAAGAGAUUUA